GCGGCGGGGCCCGGGCAGCCCGGGGCAGCGGCCGCCGCCAUGAAGAAGCAGUUCAACCGCAUGAAGCAGCUGGCCAACCAGACCGUGGGCAGGGCUGAGAGAACAGAGGUGCUCAGUGAAGACCUGUUGCAGAUCGAGAGGCGGCUGGACGCCGUGAGGUCCGUGUGCCACCUGGCCCAGAAGAGGCUGAUUGCCUGCCUGCAGGGCCAGCAUGGCACUGACCCCGACAAGAGACACAAAAAGCUUCCUCUCACAGCCCUGGCUCAGAACAUGCAGGAGGGCUCCAUCCAGCUGAGUGAUGAAACUCUGCUGGGGAAAAUGCUGGAUACCUGUGGGGAUGCAGAGAACAAACUGGCAAUGGAGCUCUCCCAGCAUGAAGUACAGAUUGAGAGGGAAGUUAUAGACCCACUGUGCCUGCUGACAGAGACAGAGAUCCCAAACAUUCAGAAGCAGAGGAAGCAGCUUGCAAAGCUGGUGCUGGACUGGGAUUCUGCAAGGGGAAGAUACAACCAAGCCCACAAAACUUCAGGAACAAAUUUCCAAGUGCAUCCCUCAAAAAUAGAAUCUCUUAAGGAAGAGAUGGAUGAAGCUGGGAAUAAAGUAGAGCAGUGCAAGGAUCAGCUGGCUGCAGACAUGUACAGCUUUGUGUCCAAGGAGGGGGAGUACGCCCGCUGCUUUGUCACGUUAUUAGAAGCACAAGCAGAUUACCAUAGAAAAGCAUUAGCAGUCAUAGAAAAGGUCCUCCCCGAAAUUCAAGCCCAUCAAGACAAAUGGACUGAAAAGCCAGCCUUUGGAACCCCCCUGGAAGAGCACCUGAAGCGCAGCGGGCGGGAGAUCGCGGUGCCCAUCGAAGCCUGUGUCAUGAUGCUGCUGGAGACUGGCAUGAGAGAGGAGGGCUUGUUCAGAAUUGCUGCUGGAGCCUCCAAGUUAAAAAAGCUGAAAGCUGCCCUGGACUGUUCCACGUCCCAGCUGGAUGAGUUUUACUCAGAUCCCCACGCUGUGGCAGGUGCCUUGAAAUCCUAUCUGAGGGAGCUGCCAGAGCCUCUCAUGACCUACAGCCUGUAUGAGGAGUGGACACAAGCUGCCAAUAUUCAGGACCAGGAUAAGAAGCUGCAGGAGCUGUGGAGGAUUUGUAACAGAUUACCUGAGCAUUACCGAGUUAACUUCAGGUAUUUAAUCAAAUUUUUGGCCAAGCUUGCCCAGAACAGUGACGUUAACAAAAUGACACCGAGCAACAUCGCCAUAGUCCUGGGCCCCAACUUGCUGUGGGCAAAGAAUGAAGGGUCCCUGGCUGAGAUGGCAGCAGCCACCUCGGUGCACGUGGUGGCAGUUAUUGAGCCCAUCAUCCAGCAUGCAGACUGGUUCUUCCCCGGAGAUGAAGAUUUCAACGUGUCUGGGGCCUUUGUGGCAGUUCCUGCUGUAAAUUCCAAUCACUUGUCACACACUGGGAAUGACUAUGAAUGUGGGACCCUGGAGAGGAAGAGGCCCCUGAGCAUGACUGUGAUGGAAGGGGAUUUGCUGAAGAAGGAAAGCUUUGGUGUGAAGGUGCUGGAGCUGUCAGUGACCCCGCGGCGGUGCGGCACGGUGGGCAGAAAGCUCACCUCGCCCGCCUUCCAGCCGCCCCUGCCGCCCUGCGAGCCCUCGGGGGCUGAGCCCUGCCCGCCCGCGGGGGCUGAGCCCGGCCCCGGGGCUGGCCCCGCUCCCUCUGCUGCCCCAGCAGAGCAGCCCCCGGCCCCAGGCACUGAGGAUGCCAGCACCUCCAAAGGCAAGGAGAGCACGAGUGCAGCCACUCCUCCCCCGGUGAGGAACGGGCAGGCAGCCCCGGCCCCAGCCCCGGGCCCGGCCCCGGGCCAGGCAGCGCCCAGCAGCUCCCAGCUCGGUGUCAGCCAGCCCCAGAACGCUGCUGGGCCCAGUCCCCACGCCCUCAGGAGAGCUAUGAAGAAGCCAGCACCAGCCCCCCCCAAGCCAGCCAACCCGCCCCCGGGGCAGCCAGGCAGCCAAAGCUCUUCCCCAGCUGCUCAGCCUCCUUCUGUCUCUCCCAAACCCCCGGGCAGGAGCUCCUCUCCUCCUGCCCAGCACGCAGCCCCAGGAGCAGCCCAGAGCCCCUCUCCCUGCCAGGUUUCUGCCCCUCGCAGGUACUCCAGCAGCCUGUCCCCUCUGCAGGCCCCCAGCCACCCACCCCCGCAGCCCCCAGCCACGGCCACUCCUCCCCUGCAGCCCAAGGGCAGCAGCAGCAGCAGCAGCCAAGCAUCUCCCGGUGAGCAGGGCCUGGAUGUGCCCCCCUGCUCCCCGGCCGUGCCCCCGCCGCAGACCCCCACCCCUCCCGACACGCCCCCGCUGGGCAAGCACGCGGGCAGCGCCCCCGCCGUGCCCCCCGAGCCCUGCCCGGCGCCGUGCCCGCCCCAGGGCGGCACCCUGCCCCGGCCCCGGCCCGUGCCCAAGCCCCGCAACAGACCCAGCGUGCCGCCCCCGCCGCAGCCGCCCGCCGAUGGCAGCGCUGCCAACCCCCCCCCGACGGCCUCCAGGAUCGUCACAGGUGGGGAUGGUUACUGCGAAUAAGAUGUUUGACCAGCAUUCAGUAGGAACUGUAUUGGCAAGUGCAAUGGUAAGGAAAAGGCCCCUGAUUGGCCGCCACUGUUGCUAAUUGCUAAUUGCUAAUGAUGUGUGUGCUAACUACUAACCCCCAGUGCCCUGCUGUGUGUGUCCCUGGCAUGGCCAGACAGGGCUGCCCCUGCUGCAUUAACCCACUAAGCCCUGGAGAGCAGAAUGUGAAGCUCCUGGUGUCUCUGGCCACUGUCCCCUGUGCUGUGUCUGUGCACACACCCAGAGCUGCUGUGUCCGUGCAGAGGCUCCUGCCGUGCCCAUGUCACUCCCUGUCCUGUGCCACCGGUGCUCCUCCCGUGCCACAGCCUCCAGAGUGCUGCCCCAGGCUGCUGGCAGUGUCCCUGCCCAAGCAGAGGGUGGGGUGGGAUGGGAUUUAGGGCCCCUUCCAGCCCAGACCCUCCUGGGGUUCCGUGGCUGCAGCUCCUGCUCGGUGCCAGAGCAGGGUGGGACUGCAGCUGCUCUGUGCAGGAUCCCAAAUCCCUGCAGCCUGGGGGGCUCACGAGCAGGGCAGGCUGCACUCAGGGGCUGCUUCCCCUUCUCCAGGUCGUUCAUUUAGCUCAGAAACCUUCAGCUUGAGCUGUUCUGCAGUAACUGCUGGGUUAACUUCAGGGUUUCAUGUAGAGUUAUGAGUCCCAGUCUCUCUAGGAUGCCUGUCUGCACCUCCUGUGCUUGAAAAUAAGGCAUUUAUUUGGAUUUUUUGUUGAUCUAAGUGAUCUAAAUUACUUCCCAUGUGGAGCAGCUGCUGGACUGCAGUAAGGGAUGUCAUGGCAUGUUAUAAAUCAGCUUUCCAAAAUCCUGACAAGAUUUUCAGUUACCCUUUUUUGAGCUGCUGGGGAUUUUUCUGGUCUGGUAAUUCAAGCUGCCAGGGCAGUCAGUCACCAGAGAUGCAGCGUUUUGUGGUCCUUUUUUUGACAUCUUGAAUAAAAUCCUCCUUUCUUCAGAAGAGGCAAAGACCAUGGCUCCCUGUUCACACAGGAGACACUGCACUUGGUGUAAAUAACUUCUGCCUCCUUCUGACACCAUCCUUGUUCCUGUUGCUUUCCAGAGUCACAGGUGGUGUUCCCUGGUGGGUUAUUUAGGUGCCAGAUUAUUUUGCUGGGUGUUUUGACAUGAAAGUCCAGAGUAGCUCUCCAGGGGCAUUGGGGAGUCUGAUCCUAAAUCAGCUCGGUCUCCUCCCUCCUACAGGAAGAAGGGGGUUUGCGUUCCUGUGCCCAGGGUGUGUGGGAGGAGCAGUCUGAGCUGUUCAGCUGGGCCCAGCCCUGUGUGCCCAAGGGGCCAGCUCUGUCCCCAGAGCCCUCAUUGAUCUUUGCUUUCCCUUCUCUGCCCAAGGAGAUGCCCAGGAAGCCCCGACCCAGUGAGCUGGCCCAGGCUAAACUUGCUGUUCCCUUUUUGUGCAGACUCUAAUUGCAGUAUUCCAGAGCCACUCGCAAACCCUCCUCCCGAGCCUCCUGCAGAGCUGGGCAGAGAGCUGCACACCCACCUGCUGCUGGACAUUGACAAUGACACGGAGAGCACGGCGCUGUGACCGCGCCGCGGCGCCGCCUUCCAGCUCCUGGGAACCCCAGACCUACCAGGGAAAGGCUUCUUCUGGCAGCGGGCACAGCUGGGCACAGCUGGCACGGGGCCUCUGGCACUCGGCUCCCGGCUGGCCCUGCUUGGAGGAGACCUCUCAGCAAAUGGAGCCCAGCCUUUGGCCGGGUUUCGCCCUCAGAAGAAGUUUAAUGAUCUGGGUCUGGACAACGGUUUUCAAACUCUUGGAUGGAAGGAAUGAAUUCCUGCAGGAGCUCGCCUAGGAAGCGUGGUCAGUGCUGAUACAGGUGGUAUGAGCAGAAAUUCCAAAAGAAUAAGAAGCAGAACGUUAGUUAUUUAAAGUGCAUGUCUGUAUUAGGGAAAUAAUCCUUCUCACGGCACCGUUAGAGGUUCUUUGUAGUUCUUAGCCCGUCCCAGGAGCUGCCUCCAAGGGACAUCUCUCUCCCAAGGGACAUCCCUCUCUCCCAAGGGACGUUCCCUCCCGGAUUUGCUGCAGACUCCCCUCAAGCCAUGAACCAAACCCUGCCCCAGUGCUGGUGGUGACUGCUGGUUCUCAGUCACCUGUGGAACUGUGGAUGCAUCCAGUGCCUUGAAGGACUGUCGUGCUGUAGGAGGAACUUCUGUCUCUUUAAUCAUUUCAUUGCUACGUAGGAGCAGUACUUACCCUGAUUUCAUAGUUAUUUGUAUUAACCUGCUUUGUUCAUGUGCAACUGGCAACUGUUUCACGAGGAAACCGUGGAAAUGGGGUUUGUGCUUUUGUUGAAAACGGUUGAAUUUUGAAAGAACUUUGAAACAGCUGUUUGGAUUCAGAAGUUGAGUGAACAUUUAUAAAAUUAAAGAUUGUUUUUUGUCAACUUAA